AGGAGAGUUUCAUAGCUGAUGUUAAUUUUUAGCUGUGCUGUAUAAAAAAAAAUAAAAAUAUGUGGACGACACAUUACCUUACCUAAUUUCUACAACUGAACCUGAUACAGAUAAUUAAGAUGGAGAAAAAAUUAGAAACUGUAAUGGAUGAGUUAAUUGCAAGGCCCGGCGUAGUAGGAUGUGUCUUUGCAGACCACCAAGGGCUCUGUUUAGGAGUAACAGGAAAAGCAUCUGAUGAUAGUGCUGGCAUAAUACAUGCAAUUGCAGAAGAAGCUGCAAGAUUAGAGCCCAAAAGCAAGCCACCUGUAAUUCUACUUGAAAAUGAUAAUAGAUCUUGCAUUAUUACAACAACUGGGACAGUUACUGGUGCUAUUUUCAAAAGUAUAAACUGAAUAUAUAGGAAAUAUUAAUUGACAGAGUUAUUAUUAUGCUUUUUUUUACAUCUUUUCUGCCUCUUCUCAGAUAUGUUCUAUAUUAAGCAUGUAAGAUAACAUAGUUAAGCACCAUUUAUUUUGAUUCGUCUAUUAACAAAUUUAUAAAUUGUCUUAGGCAUUUAUUUUACUUGGCCAUUAUUGUUAAACAGUAACAAAUAUUAUUGAAAAUAAAUACUAUCAUUAUUUAUGUUGUUCAAAAAUGACCUAAUAUUGAUAUAGGUAUGAAUCUGUAAAUUAAAGGCUUGGAUGCAAAUCUGGUUUAUGCACUUUUUACACAAAUUGACAUUUUGGAAGUUUCAGGACCUAAGUCAAGAUAUCUGUAGCUGCAUUUACAGCAGGCACUGUAUAAAUCCCAAUUAUCAUUAAGUUUGACUAAUGUGACACCUGAAACUUAUGCUGUGGUUUUCAUGCUGAUAAUCAAUGUUUUUCUGGCUACUAAAUGAAACCAUAUACAUAAAAUACUGUUUACUGAUGAUGUUUUGCAACUACCAUGGCCUUUUUCAAGUAUAACUGACAAUUUCGAUAACAUAUUUUGUUUAUACAGUGUACUCCAUCUAUAAUGUACAUCGGAUAUAACAUAAUUCUGGUUGUUACAUACUCAUUUCAUUGGACCCACCCAAAUAGUCUUGUAAUUUUAUUGGACAUAGCGUACCGAUUAAAAUUUUAACUGCGGGUAUAUCAUUUUUACCCACUUAGUUGUCAUAUUCUGGUUAUAACAUACAAAUAUCUGUUAUAAGCAGAGUAAUUCUCCGCCACUGUCGGGGAUUCCCAUUAAUCGAUACUGGGAAGUUUCACCGCUGUCCCGCUGUUGGCAGGAAUGCCGCCAGCGCGGCACCGGGGUUUUUCAGUAAUCGACUCUAUAGCGCGAAAUAUGUCGGGUAGUUUUAUAUUGGACGUUGCAUUUAACUGUGCGAAUACAUAUUUUUGUAUUUAUUGUUUUGUUAAAAUACAGAUACGCGCAAAGCUAUAGGUUUUAACGAAAAGAUAGACAUCAUUAAAAGUAUCGAGAGUGGCAUCGGAAACUCUGAAAUUGCGCGAAGGAAAAUUUGGCAAAAUCAGUUUCUACAAUUUGGUGCAAUCGUGAAAAAAGCAAGCCAGUGAAUAUAAAUCGCAGAGAAUUAAGAAAAUUAGAAAUCCCACACGUCCAGAUGUGGAUCAACCUCUUAUACGAUGGUUUGAGUUGCGAAGAACCGAAAAUAUUCCUAUAAGUGGUCCAAUUUUAAAAGCAAAAGCGGAAGAUUUAUCCAAGGGAUUACACGGUGGCGAUUUUAGGUGCACUACGGGUUGGCUCGAGCGUCUCAAAGUUCGUCACAAAAUAAAUGUCGGCAAAGUGUCUGGUGAAGCAGAUGUUAACAAGGAAGCUGUGGUGAACUAGUUAUAGAUAAAUCGCCAGGCAUUGCACAAAAUUACAACUGUGAGGAUAUUUUUAAUGCGGACGAAACCGGACUAUUUUACAAGAUUACUCCAGACCGUAUACU